UUCUGUAUGAGCCACAAUCCGGUCGCUGCUCGAUCUCAGGAGGAUUUCCUGCGCACAGCUGGAGGAGCUUUCAGCAGCUUCAGCAUGGACUGAAUGGAUUGUAGGAAUCUUUAAGGACUAUAGGGAGCGCGUUCAACCCUUUAUCAACCAGGAGAAGCCCUGGAUCCAGUAACCCUGCCUUUUAUCAGAGGAAUAUUCAGUGAAAAUGAAGAGAAUAACGGGGAAAACCAAAGAUGCCACUCUGAUCGAGAUGACCAACACGGCGGACGCGCAUGUAGAAGAUGGUUUUGCGGUGUUGACCGGCUACAGGAAGACCUUUAUAGCAGAAAAUAAUGGUCUCCUCUCCAUCUCAGACCGAGAAACACCCCUGCCAGGCAAUCAGGAGCUUGGAACGCUGGAGCAGAAUAAAGACUCUGUGUACUUCAGAGAUGGUAAACGUCGCAUCGACUUUGUCCUGUCUUACGUCGAUGACAAGGAUGGAGACAAGAAAGCGGAGCGGAGAAGACUGUUUGAAGCCAAUCUUGAGAAGACUGGUCUUCACCUGGAGCUCGAGGAUAAAUUGGAAUCCGAUGACCGCAAGACCUACUACCUGAAGAUCCACGCGCCCUGGGAAGUCCUGGGCACCUUUGCAGAUGUGCUAAAGAUCAAGGUCCCAUUCAAGGCCAGCGACAUCCCUAAAGCACGAGAAGGGUCACUGAAUUGGCUGACGCGACCCUUCCGCCUGCCCCCGGAUAUAAUGAGUUCUGAGCCCGAUUACUUUACUGCACCUUUUGACAAACGGAAAGCGGACUUCUUCCUUAUCAAAGACCAGGAGACCUUCUUCCCCCCCUCAACCCGUAACAGGAUUGUGUACUACAUCCUCACUCACUGUCCGUACUACAAGGAGGAUCGCAAAGAAAAGGACAAGACCGGAAUAAAGAGACUGCUGAGCAACAGCACCUAUACGUCUGCAUACCCACUACAUGAUUGUCGCUACUGGAAAAAAGCAGAUCAGACUCUGUGUGAAAGUGAGAGAUAUCACCUCUAUAAGCACUGGGCUCGCUUCCUCUGCUUCUACAAGGAGCAACCGCUCAACCUGAUCAGGAAGUAUUAUGGUGAGAAGAUUGGUAUCUACUUUGCCUGGUUGGGCUUCUACACAGAGAUGCUGUUCUUUGCUGCUGUGGUGGGCGUCAUCUGCUUCGUCUAUGGUCUACUCAGCUAUGAUGACAACAUCACAAGUAAGGAGAUCUGUGACCCCACGAUUGGUGGGAAAAUCGUGAUGUGCCCUCUGUGUGAUAAGAAGUGUUCCUACUGGAAGCUCAACUCGACAUGUCUCUCAUCCUGGCAAGCCCAUUUGUUUGACAAUGAAGGAACUGUGUUUUUCGCCAUCUUCAUGGGAAUCUGGGUGACUCUGUUUCUGGAGUUCUGGAAGCGGAGGCAGGCCAGGCUGGAGUAUGAAUGGGAUCUGGUGCAUUUUGAAGAAGAGCAGCAGCAGCUCCAGAUGAGGCCUGAGUUUGAGUUGAAGUGCACCAACAAACGUCUCAACCCAAUCACACAGGAAAUGGAACCAUAUCUACCCUUGACCAGCAAGUGUGCACGCUUCUUUGUCUCUGGAGCCACAGUCCUGUUUUGGACUUGUCUGAUCGUGGCCUGUAUUAUGGGAGUGAUAGCAUACAGGUUAGCAGUGUACGCAGCGUUUGCCAGACUUAUGAAGGACAGCCCUACGAGCAAGAUCCAGCUAGUGGGGUCUCUGAUCAACCCACAGCUGGCCACUUCUGUCACUGCGUCCUGUAUCAACUUUGUCAUCAUCCUCAUCCUCAACUUCCUCUAUGAGCAUGUGGCUAUCUGGAUCACAGAUAUGGAAAUCCCUAAAACCCAUUUGGAAUAUGAGAACAAGCUGACCACGAAGAUGUUCAUGUUCCAGUUUGUAAACUACUACUCCUCCUGCUUCUACGUCGCAUUUUUUAAAGGGAAGUUUGUGGGUUAUCCAGGCAAAUAUACCUAUAUGUUCGGAAGUCAUCUGAGAAAUGAGGAGUGCGCUCCAGGAGGCUGUCUAAUAGAGCUCACCACUCAGCUGGUGAUUGUUAUGGUAGGAAAGCAACUGGUGGGCAACAUCCAGGAGGCCCUGCUGCCAUUACUGAGAAACUGGUGGAUCAGCAGGAAAGGGCGAAGCCAUCCGGAGGGCCAGUAUAGCCGAUGGGAGCAGGACCAUGACUUACAAAGCUUCAGCCAGUUUGGUCUCUUCUAUGAGUACCUGGAGAUGGUGAUUCAGUUUGGCUUCAUCACGCUCUUCGUGGCCUCGUUUCCUCUGGCUCCUCUCCUCGCUCUCUUUAAUAACAUACUGGAGGUGAGGCUGGACGCGUGGAAAUUUACCACACAGUUUCGUCGGCCGGUGGCGGCCAAAGCACGAAAUAUCGGAGCCUGGAACGAAAUCCUAAACGUGGUAGCGAUCUUGUCUGUUGUCACAAAUGCCUUCAUCAUGGCGUUCACCUCUGAUAUGAUCCCUCGCCUGGUCUACCUCUACACCUACCACCCUGGGGAAGAGGCCACGAUGGCGGGCUACAUCAACAACAGCCUUUCUGUGUAUGAAAUCAGUGAUCUAAGAGUAAAUAACAGACCAGAUGAAGAGGAGAACCCUGCCUGGUUCAAUGCCAACAUCACGACAUGCAGGUAUCGAGACUACCGCUACCCUCCGGGCCACCACCGGCAGUACACACACACCAUGCAGUUCUGGCAUAUUCUAGCAGCCAAAAUGGCAUUCAUCAUCAUCAUGGAGCACGUGGUGUUUGUGGUGAAGUUCUUCGUGGCGUGGCUGAUUCCUGAUGUGCCGUCGGAGGUGAAGGCCCGGAUAAAGCGCGAGCGACACCUGGUGCAGGAAUACCUGCACACAUAUGAAGUGGAGAAGCUGAAGAUGCAGAUGAGCCAGAGCUUCUGCGUCACCUCAGAGACCACCUCCCUGCUCCCCUCGACCCCGGACAAGCUUGACGUCCUGUCUGAACGUACCUAACAUUAGUACGGGGUCUCCAGCUCUAUCCCUGCCUGAGAUGGCAGGUAAUCAUGGACUGUUACAGAUAGUGAACCAUGAUAUACUGCAUGUAUAAUCAGAGAUCAGCUCGGACCCCUGCCGAAGAGGACGUCAAGGUUCCUCCUGGAUUCUGUGCUUUACUUUAAUCCGCAGUGCACUUAUCUGACUCCUGAGCAUGCAGUGAUCUGUGCUGGCUGGCAUGAUGUUUGGCAGGAUCCUUCGUUCGGACAGUGCGAUCUUCAGGCUGCUGAGCUGUCUAGUAUUUUGUCAAGUUGACCAAGAGCAGAAAAAGGAAAUUGUAUAUAUAUAUAUUAAAAUAUGUUGAUGAUGAUGAUGAUUAUAUGACCUUUAAAGACUGAUUUUAAAGACCACAUAAGCUUUGAUCACCUUUUUUUAUCUACUGCUGCUGUUUGCUGUUUCCUGUUUCUAAAGUUACAGUCCAGCAGUUUUAUUUUUAGCAUUUUAUAGCGUUUUUUAUUUUCCUCAUUGAUUAAUUUUAAAGAAGGAUAGAAGGAGAAGGAUUCUGAGCGCAAGAGUUUGAAGCAGGCUUCUGCUGGCUCAUCAGCACUGUUACACCUUUUAAUUUUUAUUUUAGGGAUUUUCAGUAAGCUUUACUUGGGUAGAAACACAUUCAGAGACAACUACAACUAACGUCCAUCAAAACACUCAUUCCAUAAUGAUGACAUUCAGAGUACACUGACAACUGCAAACCUCCUUUUCUUUUCUUUUUAUUUGUACAGUAUUUUACACACCUAUAAAACAGUAAAGUGUCCUAUAAUGUAAUUUACACUCACCCUGAGCACUUUAUUAGGUAGGCCUGUACACCUCUGUAAACAUGAAAUUGUCUAAUCAGCCAAUCAUGUGGCAGCAUUGUAGUGCAUAUGGUGUAAUAUAGGGCAACUCAUCCACUUGCAUAAUCAUACUCCUCAAACUAUUAAACACAUCAUAGUAGACUGCCCUGCACUUUUAACCACCACAAAUACAUUUUAUAGGGUUACAAAUAUGAAAGAACUGUUCGAAAAGAUUCCACCAGCUAAAAUACUUAAUUUUCUGGAAGUCCUUCAUACAAGAAAACUGAUUUAAGUCUGUGAUGCCCAAGUCACGAACAUUGUCGAUGCCAUAGAAUAGCCAAUAUGUUGCUGAUAUGGCACAAAACACAAACAAAUAAACAAACAAACAAACAAAAACAUACAGAAUCCACUGACUAAAUCCAGUGACAGAAUGAACAGACUUGUUGGAGCUGACAAAAAGGCUACUGUAACGAAGAUAACCACUCUGUACAAUUUCGGUGAGUAGAAAAGCAUCAAAUUUAAAGCUGUUUUAAAGUCUAAAAUUGCAGAAGACCACAGUGGGCUCCACUUCUGUCUGCCAAGAACAGAAGGCUGAGGCUGCAGUGAGCACAAGCUGAAGCUAAAAUGGGACGUAACAGUAUUACGUGUUGGUGAAUCUCUGAGGAAUAUGUGUUGAGGAAAACCGGUAUUAAGGUCAGAAUUUGUUGCAAAUUGUUGCUUAAAGUCAUUGACCCGAUCUUCCUUGUGUCCAGGCUUGCCACAUUCUAUUUGAGUGUUUUUGUUGACCAUCCCUUUAUGGCCACAAUUUUACAACUUCCUACCAAUGGCUACGUCCAGCAUUAUGAUGUGAUGUGUCCCAAAGCUAAAGUCAUCUAAAACUGAUUUCAGAAACAUGGCAUUGAGUUUCAUAUUGUUAGAGGCAGAUCUUAUCAGCCACCAGAUCUGAAUCCAGUAGAACCCCUUUUUGGGAAAUCUGCAGGGACUGUGUGAAGCACGCAUGUUAACUUGUUGUAGAUUACAUUUUUUGAUGAAUCUCUGAGAAAUAUUUAUUGAGGAAAAUAGAUAGUAAGGUCAGAAUUGUUUCUGAAAGCCAUUGACCCAAUUUGUCUUGUGUCCAGGCUUGUGAAGAUGUUUUUUGGGAAUAUUUUCUUGGUACACAUUGCUUGUAUGCCAAGUAUUUUUGUUGAUCAUGUGCAGAAUUUUGCCCCUUUUUUUUUUCUUUUUUUAACCAAUGGCUAUUUCCAGUAUAUUGAUGCAUUGUGUCCCAAAACAAAAGUAAUCUAAAACUGGUUUCAGGAAGAUGGCAUUGAGUUCCAUAUUGUUAGAAGCUAAUCUUCCUAGCAACCAGAUCUGAAUUCUACAUUUUCUACAUUUACGGCAUUUAGCUGACGCUCUUAUCCAGAGCGACUUACAAGGUUAUUUUUAUUACAGAGUUGGGUCAAUGUAGUGUUAGGAGUCUUGCCCAAUGACUCUUAUUGGUGUAGCACAGCAUCCAGUCACCCAGAGCAGGAAUUGAACCUCAGAAUCCAGUAGAGCACUUUUUGGGAAAUCUGCAGGCUUUGUGUGAAGCACUCAUAUUGAAGUGAUGACGUCUGGGAGCAAAUUAAGGACCUACCCAGGACUAGUAUAAUAUUAUAAUGAGAACAGUGUUCCUAAAAAUAAAGUGCUUUGGUGAGUGUAUGCUGUGGGAAUCAGAUUUGGAUUUCUUUUCGAUGGGUUCAGUUCAUGACUGAAAUUUUGCCUCAUGAUACACCAAUAUUAGACACUGUAUAUACAGUUUGUAAACCCUUUAGAGUUCUUUUCGUUUUUUGCAUAAAUAUGACCCAACACAGGUCCUAAAAGUAGAUAACGAAACCCCCAGUUUAACAAAUAAGAUAAACAUAUAUUAUAUUUGUUCAUUUAUUUAUUUAGGAAAAUUAUCCAAUAUUUAAUAUUUGUGAGUAAUAAAAGUAGGUGAACCCCUAGGAUUAGCUAGGGUUAAUUUGAAGGUGAAAAUAAAGUUGGGUGUUUUCAACCAAUAGGAUGUCAAUCAGGUGUGAGUGGGUGGGGCCUGUUCAAAGUCUGCCCUUUACAUCCCAUAUUUGAGAGUGUAUCAUGAUAUCUGAGGAUAAUGAAUGUCCAAGGAUAAUUAUUUUGUUUCAUUUGAUUAAUUCGGCUCUCUUUAUCUACUUUUAGAACUUAUGUAAAAAUCUGAUGGUGUUUUAGGUCAUAUUUAUGCAGAAAUAUUGAAAAAAGGGUUAAAAAAUGCAACAUUACCAGGCUGUAGUUUUAAAUCUCUUAACAUAUCUAAUUUAUUUAGGCUGUGUGGACAUGUCAAUCCAGAUUUUUUCAAAUUAGAUUUGAGUCACUUUUUCAUGUGUGGUUCUGGAUCAGAUAUGUAUCCGAUUUGUGGGAAAAGCGAACAAUCAGAUUGGAUAGGGCAGAUUUGUUUACAUCACAGAGAGAUAUGGGGCACAUACAUUUAUUAAUGUGAACCAUCAAGAACAAGCCAAAUCUGAUUGCAGCAAAAAAUUGAAAGGAUUUGUGAGGCUUGUUAUGUGUUUUUUUGUGGUUAUUUCUUAUGGUUUAUUUCUUAUGUUCCAGCACUUUUUUCCCUUAGUUUCAUAUUAUUUAAAACUGUUAUACCACACUAAUGUGAACAGAAGUAAUUAGAACUGAUUUCUAAUAGCGUUUCAGAACAACAGGCCUCUUCCAAACGGUCUUAUCUAAUCAUGUGACUUUUUUUUUGUUUGUUUUUUUUUGUUUCAUAUCAUGCUCCUGUAGCUAAUUAUCUUGGGAAAUCUUCUGAUCAUUAAGCUGUCAGAGCUUGACAUUAGGAGUAUUUUAUAUCAACAUAUAUAAACAUGAGCCCCUUUUAGGCAUGCAUAUUUUAUAUAUGUUAAAAAAUACAAAGGUUUUGCUGAAGUUAUUGUUUUUUUACGUAAUUGCACUGUAAAGAUUGUUGGUGACUAACAUACAUCAGUUCCACUAUAUUGGUUGAUUUUUCUUUUAUUUUGGCUCAUAAAAACAAUCUCAUAAACAAUCUCUGUAUAUUUGGAUUUAAGAAUCUAAAGUUGGGUAUUAACUUUAUAAAAAAGUAUAUCUGUUUUAUGUCUGUUCUUUUAUAUUUCUAUAUAUGGUAUUGUAGUCAUAUCACCUUCUUUUCUUUUAUGUUUAACAUAAAGACAAGGUUUAAGCUUUUCCCUAUUAUCAAACAAAUAAGUGUCCCCUGUAUGACUUUUAAAUAGUGUUCUGUAAAUCUAAGUAGGUUCUAAGUAUAUAUAUAUAUAUAUAUACUUAUAUAAAAUGAAGAUGAGAUGUUUGUAAACUUAAUCAGUUGGCAAAAAAAUAAUGUGAAUCUCAGGCUAUAAUUAAUAUCCCAAUCAGGACGGAGACGUGUUUUGUAUUUAUUUCUUUAAAUUCGGGACCACAAGACCGAUGUCUGUCUGAAUUUGCCUUAAAAAUAAAUGUUUACUGUUGUGAAGUUAUGCUUUUUUAAUUUAAACGAUGGUGCUAUUAGCUAUUAGCUAUUUUUGUCUCUCUGUAGUAAAUGCACCACAACUAUUUGUCCUUAAAUGUUUACAGCAGCGUCCUCAUGUUUGAGUUGCACGACUCCUUGUGAAAUUUCUCUAUGCGUAUUUCUUUUUUUUUUUUAAUUAUUCAGAAAAAAACAGCAAUCAGUCUUUAAUAUGCAUUCCAUUGGAAAUGUGCCAAAACUAAAUAAAACACAUUUGGAGAACUGA